CUUCUAGCUGCCGCUGAUCGUGGUCACACAGAAUGUGUGAGACUGUUAUUGGACCAUGCAGAGAGAAAUCACAGAGAUCAAUAUGGCAGAAACGCCACAUACCUUGCUGCUGAGGCUGGACAUGCCCAAGAGGCCGCAAUGGUUCUGAUACCCUAUUCCGAUAUCAAUCGUAUAUGUCCGACUGGGGACAGACCAUUGAAUCUCGCCGCCAAAUCCAUGAGCCUUGAAGCUAUUCAACAGCUCCUUGCUCAAAGAGGUAUCCACGUCAACGCAAAAGGCUCCGGAGGUCGGACUGUUCUUCACACUGCCGCUAUGUCCGGGGAUAAGAAAAUGAUAGAGCUCGCACUAACCCAUCCCGAUAUUGAUGUCAACAUUCGCGACAACGAUGGCAACACUCCUCUUACU